AUAAUUUUGUUGAAGCGUUAUAUGUAGCAUUCCCUGUAUUGGUUAGCUCAACCAGAGUCGGUUCUACUAGUUAGCUAGGUUGACGUGUUCUACUCCAGAUACCGAAUGGUGACAGACGUACAGCUGGCCAUAUUUGCCAACAUGCUUGGCGUUUCGUUGUUCCUGCUGGUUGUGUUAUAUCACUACGUCGCUGUCAAUAACCCUAAAAAGCAGGAGUAGUGUCUUCUAAUAUGACUGGAGUGGAGAGAUGGGAAUCAAAGCCACCACCUUGGAAACAACAUUCCCCUGCAGUCCAUUUUCCAAGAGAUGAAUUUCUGUUGUGUUAAGAUUGCACAGUAUUUUUUCGAAUAAAAAUGUCUGAAUUUCGUUUGCA